GCACCUGUUGUUGCCAUGGAGACCCAGGUUUCCACCUGUGUGCACAUCACCGUGGCUCCCGUCACCCAAAGCCAUUUGCAUACUUUACAAGCGGAGGUAAAAGGACACGACACAGGCGGGGCCCAGCUGUGUGGGAGCCGCAAAGAAGCCACGAGACACUUUUGGAGAUGCCUUGGAAGGCCCAUCGGCCAAAGGGUUUAUUAAGUGGACUGGUUGCCAUAGAGACGCAUUGGCGGGAUAUUGCCGGGAUAAGGUGUAAUGGGUCUCCUGACGCAAUUCGCUCUGCUCCUGUGGAAGAACUUCACUCUCCGGAAGAGACAAAAGGUGCGCUUGGUUGUGGAAAUUGUUUGGCCUUUGUUCCUCUUUUUCAUUCUGGUGUCGGUGCGCUUCACCAACGAGCCGACCCACAAAGGCCAAUGCCACUAUCCGAAUAAAGCCAUGCCAUCGGCCGGGGUGCUACCUUGGAUUCAAGGUUUGGUGUGCAACGUCAACAAUCCCUGUCUGAGUCAUCCCACGCCAGGGGAGGCACCGGGACAAGUCAAUAACUUUAACAACUCAAUAAUUUCCAGGGCGCUGAUUGAGUUGCAGAACCUCCUGAUGAACAAAUCCAUCCUCGGCAAUGCCCAACGACUGGCUGACGACGUCACCCAGUGGGCCGCGAUCAUGUCGCGAGCUGACGCUCGGAACGGACAACCGGUUCAACUGAUGACUAUUCUGAGCGAUGACGAAACGUUUUCGGCGCAUUUGGCAAAUAAUUUGUCAGUACCGCUUCCGGUGGUCGAGAGCCUCAUGGCUGCCAACAUUUCUGUCAACUCGAUCCCAGUCCCUGCGCCUGGUCGCCUUGGGAGCUUCAUGUGUGAUGACAAAGACCUGUACCGCUACAUCCACUUCCGCAGUCCGAUGGAACGUGAGGCCUUCCAGAAUGCCAGCUGCUCACUGGGCCCCCAGCAGCUCAGCGACAGCCAGCGACUGCUCCUGCAAAACCUGGACCCGAACAAAGUUUUGGCUCAGCUGCCGUCAGCUUUGGAUUUGGAUGCCGUUGACGUGACGGCGCUGCUUGCAAGAACAACGGCGAACGCCCUCCCCGUUCUACAGGAGGUGAGCCGUUUGCAGGACUCCAUGAUCCUUGCCUGGUCGCUGGAUUUCCAGGGGGACAUGAUUGGCAGCAUCAAUAUGCUUCUCUGCGGAAAGCAGCUUGACUCCAAUUCCACCAACGUGACCCUCGACUCCCUGUCGCUCAGACGAGCGGUUCGCAAGCAGUCAAUCACGAGCGACCGCAACACUUCCAGUUCUUUUUGUCAAACCUUCAUUGACACUCUGGAGGGAACCCCGGGUCUCCGUUACCUCUGGAGCACAUUCAAGCUCUUUUUCCGAGGAAAAGUCCUUUUCACACCCGAUUCCCCUGCAACACGCCUCAUCGUGAAAGAGGCUAACAACACCUUCAAUGCCUUGGCGAUGCUGAAAGAAAUGGCCGAUGCUUGGGACGAAUUGGGGCCGCGUGUUUGGGAUUUCUUUCAGAACAGCCAGCAAGUCAACUCAAUACGGAAUUUGCUGGCCAAUCCGUUGUUUGCCGCCGCCCUGGACCAACGUCUUAACGGCACUGGCUGGACUGCCGCUCUGUUGGCUAACUUCCUCUACAACGGUGCCCCCGAGGAUCGACCCGCCGGGGUCCCACCCCACGACUGGCGGGACCUUUCCAAUGCCACCACCCAGACUCUUCAGCUUCUGUCCGACUUCCUCGGCUGUUUGGACCUGAACAAGUUUGAUGGCGCUCCCAGCGAAAGCCAGCUGGUGGGCAAAGCACUGGCGCUCCUCAAGAAUGACACUUACUGGGCCGGCAUCGUGUUUGUCAACCUGCUGCCCAACGCCAGCCAAGUCCCUCCUCACGUCUACUACAAGAUACGCAUGGACGUCGAGGAGGUGGAGCGCACCAACAAAAAAAAGGAACGGUCAUGGUCUCCGGGGGCCCGAGACAACUCUUUUAACGACCUGCGUUAUAUACGAGGAGGCUUCGCCUACCUGCAGGACAUGAUCGACCACGGCAUCGUACGAACGCAAACAUCCACCACCCAACCCUUCGGCGUUUUUGCUCAGCAAAUGCCGUACCCUUGCUACGUGGAUGACAUCUUUACCCGAGGCCUCGCCGGAAUGCUCCCCAUGUUCCUGGUCCUGGCUUUUAUGUACACCACGUGCAUGACCAUCAAAGACCUGGUUUUGGAGAAGGAGCUGCGGCUUAAGGAGGUUCUGCGAGCAGUGGGCGUGCGCGACAGCGCCCUUUGGCUGGCGAGAUUCGCCGAGAACAUACUUCUGCUCGCCAUUCCGUGCGCCCUACUUAGUGUCCUGGUUAAGUACGGCAAAGUGCUGCAGUACAGUGACCCCACAGUCAUCUUUGUCUUCCUGUUGGUGUUCUGCCUGACCACCGUCACCCAGUGCUUCUUCAUCAGCGUCUUCUUCUCCAAGGCCAACUUGGCGGCGGCGUGCGGCGGACUCAUCUACUUUGUCCUCUACCUGCCGCACCUCCUUUGCUACGCCUGGAGGGAUGUCCUGGGUUUCGGAGUCAAGGUUGCCGUGAGUUUAUUGUCCUGCGUGGCGUUCGGUUUUGGCUGCGAGAGCUUCUCCAAAUACGAGGAGCAAGGUGUUGGCAUCCAGUGGUCCAACAUGAGCCAGAGUCCCGACGAGGGCGAGCGCUACACCUUCCUCGUAUCCAUCGCCAUGAUGCUGUUUGACGCCGGCCUCUACUGGACACUCACUUGGUACAUCGAAAACGUCUUCCCAGGCCAGUAUGGGAUUCCCAAGCCAUGGUACUUCCCAUUCACGGCAUCUUACUGGUGUGGCAGGCCCUCCGUGCUUGGCGACCAUUUACAAAAGGACGCCUCCGGCUGCUUGCACGAUGAUUACCUGGAAAAAUCGGACCCCAAUCUAAAAGUUGGGGUGUCAGUACGCAACCUGGUCAAAAUCUACAAGACUGGAAAAAAGCUGGCAGUGGACGGGCUGAGUAUCGACUUUUACGAGAACCACAUUACCUCCUUCCUGGGCCACAACGGAGCCGGAAAAACCACCACCAUGUCAAUUUUGACGGGGCUCUUCCCGCCCACGUCGGGCACGGCCGUCAUCAACGGCUAUGACAUCCGCACGGACGUGGAUGGCGCCCGGCGGCACUUGGGCAUGUGCCCCCAGCACAACGUCCUCUUCAAUGAGCUAACCGUGGAGCAGCACAUCUACUUCUACGGCCGUCUGAAGGGACGCAGUCGCGCCGAGGUGGACGCCGAGAUGGAGCAGAUGAUCCGGGACGUCGGCCUGCCACACAAGAGACGAGACCUGGCCAAGAACCUGUCAGGCGGUAUGCAGAGGAAGCUGUCGGUGGCCAUCGCCUUUGUCGGAGGAUCAAAAGUUGUGAUCUUAGACGAGCCCACAGCGGGGGUGGACCCUUACGCCCGCAGGGGGAUCUGGGAGCUGCUCCUCAAAUACAAACAAGGCCGCACCAUCAUCCUGUCCACGCACCACAUGGACGAGGCGGACAUCUUGGGCGACCGUAUCGCCAUCAUUGCCCACGGCAGGAUGCGAUGCUGCGGCUCAUCCCUGUUUCUGAAGAAACGCUUCGGCACAGGCUACUACCUCACCCUGGUCAAGGAGCGGGAACGUCCUUCAAGAAGAGGCGGCGCCCACGACCACGCCGCCAUCGGGAGUCGAACCUACAGCGGAGUCGAUCCUGCAGAUUUGACAGCGCUGGGUCAGCUGGUGCGUCGUCACGUUCCGCAGGCGCUGUUCUUGGAGCAUAUCGGCCAGGAGCUCACUUUUGUUCUGCCCUACGACGGCGCCCAUGACGGCACAUUUGCUCGGCUCUUCCAGGAGUUGGACCUGGCCAUAGCUGACCUGGGUUUGACUAGCUAUGGCAUCUCUGACACCACGCUGGAAGAGAUUUUUUUGAAGGUAGCUGAAGACACAGGAGUCGAUACAGCAGACAUUUCAACAACGAAGCGGAAUAGCGUCUCAGCUACCGCCGUCUACCCCGAAACGGAAAAGGAGGCGAGCGGUGACAUGGAAAUGUUUGCCAGUCAAGUGGAAGGUUUACAGAGGGACGAUACCAGGGUCAGCGGGAGGGGCUCGACGGUCCUCGGCGGAUGGGAGCUGAUCAGGAGACAGUUCUUGGCUCUCUUCAUCAAGCGUUUCCACCACGCCCGGAGGAGCCGCAAGGGACUCAUUGCCCAGGUGGUCUUGCCCGCUGUUUUUGUGUGCCUCUCUCUGAUCUUCUCACUCAUCGUUCCGCCAUUCUCCGAAUACCCCAGUCUGGAACUGCAACCAUGGAUGUAUGGCGCGUCUCAGACCACCUUCUUCAGUAAUGACGCACCAGGAAACGCAGAGGUGUCAGAAGUGGUGGAAACCCUGGUGAACGAUCCCGGCUUUGGAACACGUUGCAUGAAUGGCGACCCAAUCCCGGGGUUACCUUGUGUCUCCCGCAUCUCCCAUUGGCUCACGCCAUCUGUGGACCAGUCGGUGGCCGAUGUCUUUCUGGAGGGCAACUGGAGCAUGUCCAACCCUUCCCCUUCUUGCCAGUGCAGCACUCCUCAACACCAAAUCAUGCUGCCCGACUGUCCGCCCGCUGCAGGAGGGCUCCCGCCUCCUCAGAGAAUCCAGAACACAACCGAUACCCUCCUGGAUUUAACGGGACGAAACGUGACCGACUUCCUGGUCAAGACUUUUGAGCAGUCCGGCAAAACCAGGUACGGCGGGAUCUCUGUUGGAGCCGUUAACUCCCAAGUCCUCCUGAGUGAGGUAGCAAUCGAAGCCAUGUUCCAGAACCUGAAACAUAUCUUUAAUGACUCCCAGGACAACGUGACGGACAAGCUCCUCCGCACGGCCGAGACGCUGCUCAAGAGGCUGGGAACCAAACACAAUCUGAAGGUGUGGUUCUACAACCAGGCGUGGCACGGCGUGGUGUCCUUCCUCAACGUGGCCAACAACGCCAUCCUGAGGGCAGGCCUGCCGGCGGGAGCUGACGCCCGGCGCUACGGCAUCUCAGCGUCCAGUCAUCCCCUCAACUUGACCAAGGAGCAACUGUCCUUCGUGGCCUUGGCCUCGAGCUCCACCGAUGUGGUGGUGUCCAUCUGCGUCAUCUUCGCCAUGUCCUUCAUCCCCGCCAGCUUCGUCCUCUUCCUCAUCCAGGAGCGAGUGAGCAAAGCGAAGCACCUGCAAUUCGUCAGCGGCGUCAACCCGGCCGUCUACUGGUUGGCCAAUUUCGCCUGGGAUGCGUGCAACUACGCCAUUCCGUGUGUCAUCGUAGUCGUCAUCUUCCUGUGCUUCCAACAAGAGGCGUAUGUCUCCGCACCCAACCUGCCCGCUCUGGUUCUGCUGCUGCUUUUCUACGGGUGGUCGAUCACACCUAUGAUGUAUCCAGCGUCGUUCGUGUUCAGCGUGCCCAGCACCGCAUACGUGGUGCUCACCUGCAUCAACCUCUUCAUCGGCAUCAAUGGCAGUGUAGCCACCUUCAUCAUGGAGCUUUUUGACGACCGCGACGUGUCAUACAUCAAUGACAUCGUGAAACAAGUGCUCCUCAUCUUCCCUCACUUCUGCCUGGGCCGAGGAUUGAUUGACAUGGCCAAGAACCAGGCUAUGGCCAACCUCUUCAGCAACUUCGGCGACGAUCGCUUCAAGGAGCCGCUUAGCUGGGAGAUGGUGGGCAAGAAUCUGUGCGCCAUGUCCAUCCAAGGAGCUGUCAUGUUUGCCGUCACUCUUCUAAUUCAAUACAAGUUCUUCUGUAAACCCAGGUUUAUUUCAGCCAAGUCGUCAUCCGUGGAAGAAGAGGAUGUGGAUGUAGCUCGCGAACGGGAGCGGGUGUACGCCGGGAAGGCCCAGAAUGACCUUUUGAGGAUCUAUGAUUUGACAAAGGUGUAUCCGGGGAAGCGUAUCCCCGCCGUGGACCGGCUAUGUGUGGGCGUACCUACAGCUGAGUGCUUCGGCUUGCUGGGAAUCAACGGGGCCGGGAAGACGACUACCUUUAAGAUGCUGACUGGCGACAUCCCAGCUUCCAGUGGCGAGGCCUUCCUCAAUGGAUACAGCAUUAGGACGGAAAUGAGCGCUGUGCACCAGAACAUGGGCUACUGCCCCCAGUUUGAUGCCAUCAAUGACCUGCUGACAGGCCGAGAGCAUCUGGAGUUCUACGCCAGGCUACGAGGGGUUCCGGAAAAGGAGGUUGCAAUGGUGGCUGAGUGGGGCAUUCAGAAAUUGGGUCUGGUGAAGUAUGCCACCAAGCCGGCUGGCACCUACAGCGGAGGCAACAAGCGCAAACUUUCCACCGCCAUCGCCUUGAUCGGCUGUCCCCCGCUCAUCUUCCUGGACGAGCCGACCACUGGGAUGGACCCCAAAGCCCGGCGCUUCUUGUGGGACUGCAUCCUGAGCGUGGUCAAGGAGGGACGCUCUGUCAUUCUCACCUCACACAGUAUGGAGGAGUGUGAAGCGCUGUGCACACGCAUGGCCAUCAUGGUAAACGGACAUUUCAAAUGUCUUGGCAGCAUCCAGCAUCUGAAGAGCAGGUUCGGCGACGGCUACACGGUGACGGUUCGCGUGGGUGGCCACCCUCCGCUCCUGAAGCCAGUCGAGGACUUUGUGGAGCAGACGUUCCCCGGAAGUGUCCUGAAGGAGAAGCACCACAACACCCUUCAAUACCAGAUGCCGGCUGGCCAAGGGGCACUGGCGCACAUCUUCCGACAAUUCACCGACCAGCGGAGCACACUGUGUGUGGAUGACUACUCCGUGUCGCAGACCACCCUAGACCAGGUCUUUGUGAAUUUUGCGAGCCGGCAGCAUGGUGAGGACGACCCUCAGAGCUACGAUAACUCGGUGGACACCUCCGACGAGCUCCCGAUGCAGUCGCCUAAGACGUCCCCGGGGUCCUACAAGGUCUAGCGCCCCGUAAAUCAAAAAAAAAAAAAACUUGCACAUUGCACAGAACUGCGGAUCAACCAUAUCGUUAUUUAUGUUUACAUAUAAAUCUGUACUGCAUUUUAUUGUCUAUCUUGAAUCUACUUCCUGACUAUCGCUUGAUUAAACUUGAAUUUGCAAAAAAACAAAAACAUUCUGUUGGCUAGUGUAAUAAAGGAUGCCAGCACA